GGCAAUUUAAGGAAAGGGCCAUUUGGACACACACACGCAAACCAAUCAACCAGUCCAUCUUCGUUUACACGACAUCCGUGUUGAUACAUCACAUCCAUCCAGCCGUCCAACCAUGUUUCCGCGUUAAUUGGGCGUGCGAUGGUCAAUUGAGCUGGUCAUGGCGUGGCAUGUACCAGAUCUCUCUCAAGCCGUCUCUGCCGUACUGGCACUUCCAUGCAGAGGCGGCGAGAGACACACACGUACACACGCACUGUUCGGCAGCGCUCAGCUACAGAUAGACGUCAGGGGGGGGUGCUGUGGUAUAGAACUUAGACGAAGCGCAGCGCAAAGCGGUGGUGGUGACAACGCCCUGGCUGACAUGUGGGCCCGCCCGCCUUGCUGUCUGUCUCCCUUCCUUGUUGGCUUGGUGCAGUGCCCGCCUGCCUAUGGUGUAUAAGUACCCAUGUGUUCGCGAUGGAUGGAGUCUCUCUGCCCUUUCUGCCUGCCCUCCCGCCCGCUCACCUGUCCCCACAAGUACCUACCUAGUGCUCUGGCUGGCCUGGCAAGUGACUGACAUCCACAGGGGAGGAAGGCCCACAUCGAAUCGACCUGUCUGUCUGUCUGUCUGUCUCGGCGGGCCGAGGGAGAGGGCACAAUAUAUGGGAAAAAGACACGGACGGACGGACGGCACGAGAGACAGACAGUAUUUAGUUUUCUCGCUCGUCGAUGGGUCACGACACCGCACAAACUGAUCAAGGGAGGGCGCCUAGUAGUAGUAGUGUCGCUGCAGCAGAGCCCCGGCCCUCCCUCCAUCCGUUCAGGCAAUGCACCCCCACGUGAGCAGCAUAGCUAUCUGGUCUGUCUGUCUGUCUGUCUGGCUCCCUCCUCCACCAACAACACUCCACCCAGGUGUGUGUGCACGCCACGCCCACAAAGGGUGCAGGCAGGCACUCAGGCAGGCAGCUCUCACGCAGCGCAUGCACUGCACGGUCGCCGCCACCAGCCCGUGAGAUGAGAUGAGACAGAUAGAGAGGCCUCUCGGCCAUCCAUGCUGCUGUCUGUCCCUCACACGCCACUCACACCCAGGGCGUCCAGCCCUCAUACAUCUGGCUCAGCCGAUCCACUCCCAUCGCCUCCUGCAGCAGCUCAUGGGCUGCGCGGGCCGCGGGAGCCUGUGACCGACCUCCAGCACCACCGCCACCGCCCCCUCCACUCACAGGGGCUGCGCGGCGUUCCAUCGAGGACGACGAGGCCGCCGGGAUGUCGUCAGCGACGGCUCCAGACUGCUGCUGCUGCUGCUGCUGCCUCGGUCGUCUUCGGCGGAUGAGUGCGGUGAGCUUGCGCUGGACCGACUUGACGGCCAUGGUGGCCUGCCACUUGUACACUGACGGCCGGUCGACACGAGGCCGGGGUGCCUCGGCUGCUGGGCGGGCGUGGGUGCGUGAAGGGCUGAGAGCGGAUUGGGCAGGAGCAGCCUGGCGCUCUUCUUGCAACACUGCGGACGUACACACGCAUACAGACAGACACAGACACAGAGAGAUCAACAAUGGCCACUUCAAUUAAGUUCCUUGGUGUGUGCCGAUUGUCUGUCUUACAAAGGUCGCUUUCGAUGUCGUCAAGCUCUCCCUCCAGCUCCCACUCAUCGAUGGCCUCCCCCUCGCCCGCCCCGUCCCCUGUCUCGUGCACGGCUCGCUUGCGCUGCUGGUCGAGUUGUUCCCGUGGCUUGGAAAUGGCGUCGGUGUCUGCGUCAGCUUUGGCCUCUGUGCGGAGGAUCUGCAGGUUGAUGGCGUCCUCGUCGAUGUCCUGGGCCAGCUGCUCCAUGUGAGCCGCACCACCAGCACCGCCCUGACAGACACCACACACGACACGACAGACACCACACACAUCGGCCAUGGUGGACGGGCAGAAUGCUCUGAUGGAUGUGCGCCUGUCUGUCUAUUUCCAACUUCACUCACCUCUUGUGCGUCCUCCUCUUCCCCUUCGGCGUCUUCCUCCUCUGUUUCCUCCUCGAGCACAUCCAUGAUCUCAUCCGACGCCUCACCAGCAGUGUCCUUCUCCUUCGCCACACCGCCGCGCGCAGACGAAGCCGACCCGACGUCCUGCCCAUCUGCCAUGAUGCCUUCGCGAGGGCUGCCGUCUGCUGCUGCGGCCUUGGCCCCUUCCUGUGGGAACGGUGGCAGCGACGGGGGCGCGGCGUCGGGGGCAAUGGGUGUGAGGUCGGUGAAGUCGCGCGAUGUUGGUGGCUGGUGUGUGGUGGAUGAGAGCUGCUCGCCGAGGUCGGCAGCUUUGCGGUCUGAGAGGAGGGCCAGGGUGUAAUCGUUGAGGGCCUUCAGGUCGUCCUUCACCACAGACAUUGGGGCCGACAGGGACGCCGGAAGAAUGGUCGACUGCAUCGACACCACACAUGAUGUGCAUUGUUCCCGCGUCUGAGUGACUUCCUCCCUCACCCACUCACUCACACACCUGUUCGAUGCGUUCGUCGAGCAGCGGGUCCUUUGUGGCCUGGCCGGCCCUGCGGUCCUUCUUGUCGAUGGUGGGCACCAGCAGCAGCUGCUUGACGUCAAGGGCCUUCUUCUUGCCCUCCAGCAAGUGGUUCUGCAGGCUGUGCAGCGUCGUCACAAUCCGCUCGCACCGCUCCCCCGACUUGGCCAGCAGAAUGGGACACAUGCUGGGCAGCAGCGUCUUCAGCCGCCCCUCGACGGCACCCUUGUCUCUGCCCAACAGGUGGGAGUACAUCUUGUAGAGCUUCAGCAGGGUGGCCAGCAGCCGUGGGUGGGUCUGCCAAAGGUCCAUGGCGUGACGGUUGACGGCCUCCCGUGCCUCUCGCAGCUUCUUGACACGCACCGUGCCCUCCUUGUGCAGCACCAUCUGCUCCUGCACAACGUCUUCCGUCGGCAGGGGGCGGGGCGACGGCAGCCGAGCCAGGGCCGCCUGCAGCUCACCCCUCCUCCCUUGAUACUCCUCGUUCUCUCGCCCGGUGGCCUCUCUCAUCGCCCUCGCGUCCACAUACGCCCGCAGUGGCGGCAAGGCCGAUGGCGCGAUGGCCGCACCGCCCUGGAGAGUGAGCCCAACGGCCAGCCCAAAGGACAGCAGCUGCCUGCCCCAGCUGAGCAGGUUGGUCUCGAGCUCGUCCUCGGCGUGUGUCAUGGCCCCCAUGCACUCGGACAGCUCCCCCAUGACCGGCUGGACCUCACGCACAUGCGACGCCAGGUCGAUCCACCCCUCCCUGCCACCUGCCAGCAGCGGGGGCCUCGGUGGCGACGGCAGGGUAGAGAGCGUCACCGAGACAACGCUCGCUGAAGUCAUGCCUGGGGGCGGGGCGGCCGGGAUGCUGUUCUGGCCGUUCUCGAUCUCCUUUGCCACCAUGGCUGCGUUGAGCAGAGGGAAGUGCACCCAACGGGCUGCGAAGGCCAGCUCCAGCAUCUUGCCACGGUAGACGGGGAGGGACGCUUCGAACGCCCCCCAAAGGUACGCCUGCCGCUGCACCUCAUAGCUUCUGAGCCGCUGGCGCGACGGCUCGUUCAGUGCCGCCAUGAAGUUCUCCACAAACGCCGUGGGGCCCGACCCCCCCAUGGCCGGCUGGUGCUGGUGAAUGAGCGUCUCGACUGCCUCCUCAAGACCGCGUAGGCUGCAGCGUGUCAGCACAAAGCCCUCUGUGCUGUCCCCGCCGCCCUUGAGCGCCUGUGUGACCGAGUGGGCGCUGCCGUAGACGGCCAGAAGCAGCCGAUCCAACACCGAGGCCAGUGUGUAGGUCACUGUCUGCGCCAUGAGGGGCGCGAGGCCGACGGUGGCCACCACGUCGAGGAAGUCUUGUGAUGCCACUCCGGCCUGCAGCUUGUCGGUCCUCUUGCCGUACAUCUUGGCCAUCAGCCGCCCCAGCGCCAUGGCCACCCACUCCCGCACAUCCAGCCGCAGCGCCCUGGCGUAGUGUGCACGCAGAGCCGGGUCCAUCCUCUCUCCAUUGGCUCUAUCGGCCGACCCUCCCGCCCCUGACGAGCCUGCUGCUCUCUUCGGCAUGGGUGAGCGCUGUGGGCUGGCCGAUGUCGACUGAAGGUCGGGGAAGUCGGCCAGCGAUGGCGCUGACUGCCGCGCAGAGCGUGCCGGGCCCCAAGCCACGGCGGGCUGCUCCUCGCCAUCGUCGCUUUUCUGCGGUGUAGUGGUGCCGUCAUGGACUCCCGCAUUGGCGAUCUCGGCCUUUUUGUCCUCCUCAAUGAGCUUCUGCCUCCGCUCGUCCGACAGAGGGGCUGCGGCGAACGCCAGGGGGAAGUCGUUCUCGAGCGCCUUCUGCACCAGACAGAGGGUGACGGCCGACGAGCAGAAGCUAGUGGCGGGUGCGUUUGUCGACGCGAGGGAUGAGGAGAAGGAUAUGGCGCUCUUGAUGUUUGGCGUGGCGCCCCGCGCCCAGUUGGACGACUGGCUCGACGCAGUAGUAGGGGGCGAGGCCGACGACGGUGAGGAUGGGCCGAGGUCCACAUCGUGCUUCCGCUGCGCCGCCGUUAUGUCGUCACGCAGUCGGGUCUGACGCAAAAGAGAGAGAGAGAGAGAGAUUGGGGAGUGGGGGAACGGUGCGUGAGGGAGAGGGACCUACCAGCUCGUUGCUGAUGGUGUGUAUGGCUGAUUGGAGUUCCUUGAUGUGGCCGUCGAGCGGGGCGAAGUCGGUGGGGGGCGCUACACUGUCACGGCUGGACUCUGACGGGGAGGUGGCCGCGUCGGUGUUGAUCGACAGCAGGUGAUCCAGAUGCCCGGACAGCCCACGCAGACCCUGGAGAAGACACACGAUGUCCAGCACGAGAAGAAGAACAGUUUCGUUCUCCAGUCAGUGUCUGUCAUUUCUUCCGCUUGUGUGCGUGCGUACCUUCUUGACACGCUCGGUGCCCUCGGCCAUCCCAGUGAAGGACACCUCCUCUCGGCUGAGUGCCGCACUGCACCAUACAAACGUUAUAUAUGUUAUAAGACAGAAAAGACCCAUCCAUGCAUCCAUUUGUGAGUCAGACCGCCUCGCCCCUCCCUCCCUCCAACCCACACCACUCACCUGAGUCUCUUCCACUCAUUGGCGGCCCUGUCGCCCUCGGCCGUCACCUCCCCCAGCCGCUGCAGCCACGGCGGGACAACACCUGCCUGCGGCCCGCCAUCACCCAGCGCCGUCGCUGCACCGACGUUGCGCACAGGGUGGUUGGUCAAGGCCCAGUCAUCCACAUCAAACAGUACCCCGAAACGGACCUCCGCAUCGGCCUUCUCCAGGUCUGCCGGGCUCUCCAGCAGCGGGCCGGUCGGCGGCGGGUCGGGGGGUGUUCGGUGAGUGUCGGUGUGUGUCUCGUGAAGGUCGCUGGGGUGCAGCACUUGCAGGCGCGAUGGUGCAAGGGAGAGUGCGGACGCCUCAAAGGCGUAGAGCGCCUUGACUAUCGUCUGCCACCCCUUGAGCAGCUCCACCAGGUCAGCGGGCACCCCGCCGCUCGAGCAGUUCUUGAGCACCUCCAGCACAUCGUCCAUUAUAGCCACCAACUCCACCAGCGUAUUCAGGCCGCCCUCGCCUUCAAUCAUGGUCUUGGUGGCCUUGAGGAGGUGGACGCACCACUUCCAGCAGCCGCCGAUGACGGGCAGCUGCUUCUUGCGGGCCGUGGCCGACUGAGAGCCGCCGAUGCCGCCCAUUCCCACGCCGACGGCCUUUGGUUUGAGGGAUGCCAGGGAGUCGCUGGCGUCACGACGCAUGCAUGAAGCGCGACGCUCCAGACGCACUCGGAGGCCGGACAGCGCACCGUCUGCAAGCGUGGGCAGGGGGAGGUGAGGUGUGUUGGUCGGAUGCGCGUGCGCGUGGCAACCUACCUACCUUUGGCGAAGAGCUGCAUGGCUCUGUCGAGCUGGUCGGCCACGGCGACGAAGUUGUUCUCCUGCUGCUGGGCCGCAUGGCGCAUCGUCUGAAGCUCUUCAUCCAAACGCUGACAGAGAGAGGGAGGGAGAGAACACGCCCAUCCGAUCGCACCCACCCGUCUCGCCUCUGCGUCAGCCUGUGUGUGUGUGUGUACCUGGACUGCCGUGUUGAGUACGGCUGUGUCGGUCGUGAGCUGGAACGGCUCGUCAGGUGAGUGUGUGGGCGCCUUGAGCUCAGCGAAGAGCCGCAUGAAGAACUGCAGGGGGUGGUGGUUGGACCACGCCUGUGUCAACAUCCCCAGGGGAGCCACUCGCUCAGACAGCCCCUGCACACGCACCACAUCAGAUAGACACCACUGAGGGAAAUCGCUCCGUCUGUCCGUUCUUCCUUUCGAUUACCCGCAGAGUGCAUUGGAGGUUGAUAAAGAUGUUGCAGAGUUUCUGCGCCCUCGAGCUGAACCUGUGAAUGGCCCGCCACCUGUCGCUGACGCUGGCCCGCUGUUCGACGUCAGUCGGCAUCUUGACGGGCGGGAUGAGCGCCACGGGGCUCUUGAAGGACACCAGGAAGUGGGAGGAGAACUGGUAGUGGUGCUGCAGAGACAGCAGGAACUGAUACACCCCCUGCAGCGCCACCGCGGACGACUGGAUGGUGGCCCUGCACUCCACCAACUGCGCAGUGCUGCUGGCGUGCUUGGCCUCGAGAUCGGACAGCUCCUGCACACACACAGACACACAGAGAGGAGACGAGGGUCUUGGUGGGCCUGUGGGAGGGGAGCCAGUCUCGCUGUGUGUGAGGGGUGGGUGUGCUGUGUGUGUACCUUUUGUAUUUUGUUGGUUUUGUUUUCGUAGUCGAUGCGGUCCUUCUUGGUGACAUAUCCGCUGCUGUCGCCCGUCAGGCUCAGCUCCCUCAGCGUCUCAAUCACAGACGACUGGGCCCUCGCCACCUCCUGCACACACACACACACACACAUGGGUGACUCCGCAUGGCCAUUGUCUCGACCACACACCCCGACCUGUGCCUCAGCAGCGAGCCUGGAUAGCUGUUUGGAGGUGUCCCUGCUAAUGGUGUCGAGCAGGCUGCUGAGGGCCUCCUUGAGCACCCGCUCUCGCGUGACAGCCACCUCCUCGAGCGACACUGGGGGCGGCAGGGCCGCCGCAGACAGCCAAUCGUGCAGAGGGGCCAGCAGGAGGGUGUCCAUCAGGCCGGCAUACAUCUCACGCCACUCGCCGAGGAUACACAACACAUCCUCCAGUGUCUGCACUCAGUCACAUACCAUACACCAUGCAGUCGAGACUUGAGGCUUUGUUGCUCCCCCCUCUCUCCACGCGUGGCUUAUCUCACCUCUUGGAAGAUGCCGUGUGUGCCGGUGGGCCCGAGGGCGUAGGAAAUGAUGCGCGUGAGGCGGAACGGCACACACUCGGGCACCCGCAGCCGCGCCCCCCUGUCGAAGCAGAUCGACACGUCAACGUGCACCACCUCGCCCGUCCUCGCGUCGAGAAGGAUGUUGUCCAGGUGCCGGUCGCCGAGGCCAAUCAGGUGCCCGAUGGCCGAGUGAAUGGCCGUGGAUGUGGCGAACGACGCCGUCAGCGCCGUGUGGUGUGCGGGGUGGGUCGACGAGAGGAACAGCUCGCGAGAUAUGAUGUCGGGCGGCGUCUCGCUCUGCAGCUCCAAAAACACCUGACAUGACAGACACAGCAAGGUGUGAGGGGAGAGAGGCUGGGUCCCUUCUCGAAGCCCUAAAUCUGUCCCAAGGCCUGGCUGACCUCUUUCAUCAUGUCGGCUGGCCAGUCCUUCCUCUGUGUGGUGUUAGGAUUCAUGCCCCGCCUCUCCAGCUUCUCCUGCACCUUCCUGUGGUACGCCUCGGUCGCACCCUCAAUCCGCCCCGCCACAGCAGCGGCGAUCCGCGACACCAGGCGCACGGCGGUCUCGUCGGUGGGCCCACCGCCCACGCCCCCGCCGCCCUCCUCGAAGUGCUUGCGGUAAGGCUGGAACUUGUGGUGGAAGUCGGUCUCCUUCCGCUGCGAGCCCGUCAGGUUUGUGAGGGAGAUGAUGCCGCCCUGCUGCGGGGCCACGGGCGCAGACGCCUUCAACUGCGCCUGCAGAAGGCGCAAUUGCUCCUGUGUGUGGGAGAUGGAAAACAAACAGGUAAUGGUGGACGGGCUUAUGUGUCGGGUCACUCAAUUCACCCGUACCUUUUGUAUUUUCCUCUGCUUGAGGAGGGCGAAGAAGGGCACGGCGUUGUUGACCCACCGAAUCAGCCCCGACCUGGGCGACAGUGGCACCACGUCAUAGUGCCUGCACCGCCAGCCUGCCCUGCCCUCCUCCUCGAGCACUCUCGUCGUGAGGGCCAGGACCUGCAUCAGCCGCUGAUCGAGCUGCAGGUCGUCGCGGCCCUUGAGCAGAAAAGUGUGCUGCUGCCCUUUGUCGUCCUCUAUAACCACCUUCUUGGGCCGCGUCUUGGUGGCCAGGCAGGACACCUUGGGGCCGAACCUGCAGAGUGGCAGGAGGGCGGGGGCGCCUGAGGGAGUAGUGGUGGGGAGGUGCAGCAGGGGCUGCUUGAGGGGCGUGUCGGUGGCCACUGACGAGCUGAGCUGCUCGAGCGAGGGGGAGAUCUCACGCAGCGGCUGCGACGGGAUCCGGCCGCACUCCCUGCACAUCAAAUGACGUUUGGUGUGUGCCUCCUGGUCUCUCUCUUUGCGCCUCACGGGUCUCACGAACGUACUUGAGUAUGGCUGUCAGGUGCGUAAUGAAGCUCCGCCUCAUGUUGCCUGGGUCCUUGCCAGCCUCCUCUCCCCACCGCCCCUCAUCCCUCCUCUCACCAGCACCACCACCACCACCACUCUCCGUUGCCCGCUGCCUCUCGUCGUCCUCACCUAGCGAAGCGUGCGCAUCCAGCGCAUAUCGCAGCUGCGGCACAAUACGCGACAGGAACCGCCUGGCGGCGAUCGAGUCCACCACGGGCGCCCCGCCGCCACUGAGCAUCUUGAUGGCAUCAACGGCCUUCUGCACGCCCUUGGCAGACGGGGACGGCGCGCUGGCCUGCGGUGCGGGGGCAAUGGGCUGGACGGGGGGGAAGUCCACCUGCUGCUGCCGACCCCGCCUGCCGCCGCGGUGAGGGGGGAGUCGUUGCUGGCGUGGGGGAGUGGGCGUGGACCCGGGCUGGGGGAGGACGGUAUCGCCCGAGAGGCUGACAAGUGCGGCGUGGAACUCGUUGACCUUGCCGUAGAGCAGCGGGAGGAUGCCCGGCUGGAGGGACAUGUCUGAGUUGAUGAAGGCCACGAUGCGCUCGAGGUACCGGUGGGAGACCUCAUCAAUGGGGUUGGCCAGGGCGGCCACGCCCUCCAACAGACCCGACAGCGCCUGCACCAUGUCGGGCUGGUGCUCCCGCAGACACUCCAUCGCGCGCCCGCCCUCAGAUAGCCGCACUGAAGCGUCAUGGCCUCCAUCCUUGGCGGCAUCGUCUCUCUCGGCUGCAAUCGACUGUUCCGACACACUCGCGGCGAAGAGUGUGUGUCUGGGGCAGGCGUCAGAGAGUCGCCAGAAGAGGCGCAGGGCCGCCUGCCGUGAGAGGGGGUGUGGGUGGCGUGUGGUGGCCAGCAGCUGAGGCGCGACCUGUAGCCAUACGGCGGGUGGGAUGGCGGGUGCGGUGAUGGUCUCGAGGGCCAGCUUGGGGUUGAACUGAGCGGGCAGAAUCUUGAGGCACCGCAGCAACAUCUUGACCAGGGUGGCGUGCGGGGGCGGCAGGAUGCACUCAGACUGUUGUUCUGCACCCCACCCCCUGGCCUCCUGUGCCCCCUCUCCCCCUCCAGUCGCCUUGGGCGGCCCCACGGACAUGUAUCUGGCAUAGGCGGCCAGGCACUCGGUGGCCGUGAGAGUCCGCCACUUGUGCAGCGACCGGCAGUACCGCUUUAGCAGCUCCACCACGGCCGUCUUGACGCGAGGGGGGAAGAGCUCGCACAUGGCCGACGACGACAGCGCGUGAGACCAGUCAAACGCCGCCUCCGCCCCCUGCCUCUCCAGCUGUGCCAGGGACCGCCCCUUCUCCAUCUCGGCUGCGGUUGGCGGUGCAGGGGGGUGCAGCUCGCUCCACUCCUUGACGGCAGUGCGGCAGACGCCCACCAGCUGUGCGAGCCGCUCGCGCAGCGGUGUGCUGCCGUCCUCGGUGGUGGGUGACUUGAUGAGUCCCUGCUGCUUGAGCAGCUCCAGCACGUUCCACGCCAGCUGCGGCCCGUCGACCUGCCGCCGUUGGUCGUAGCACCAGUCGCCGUACCGCCGCCAGAGGUCCGCACUGUCCCUCACGAUCUCACAGCCGGUCCGAAGCAGCCACCCCGCCACUUUGGGGUUGAAGAGGGGCCGGUGGGCGGCCGACAGGUGGGAUGUGACGUGGUGCACUGGCGGGGGGUGCUUGGCCGCACCGGGGGGCGACGCCGACGGGUCCCAGUCUUUCUUGGUCCAGUGCUGGCCUAUCGCCCGCACCACAUCAGCGUCCACAGGGAUGCCCGUAGAGUCGGUGUGUAUGCGGCGGGUGGCGCGGAUCUGCAGCAGCUGGGUCUGUAGCUGCCCGACUUUCUCCUCCAGAAGACCCCCGCUCACACGCAACGCGUCCAGCGGACUCGCGUCGCCUUCGCGAGUGCUCUCGCUGUCGAUGAUGACUCGGUGAUGCGCGCGCAGCAUGUCGACGUACUCCGUCACGAGCUGAGCCGUGAGCUGCCCCACCAGCUGGCCGCCGUCAUGGUCAGCCUUGCUGAGGUGUGGGAGGAGGGCCGUGAGGGCCUCCUGGAGGCUGGUGAAGGCGUAUGGGAGGCGGCCUGUGGCGGCCAUGCUGUGUGCGUAGCAGAGGCUGUGCUGGGCGGCGUAUAUGGGGUCUGAGUCGUCCAUGGGUGCGGGGAGGAGGGAAGGGUGCAGGAGGCUGAACGCGUAGCUCUGGUUGCCCGACCGCACUGCCAUGUUAUGCAGCCGCAUCUGACACAUUGCAUUACACAGUCACGUCACGCAGACACACACGGGGACGUCAGUCACUGUUGUGUAGCCGCUCGUGUCCAGUGCACAGAAACUGUUUCUUUCUCUGUUCCACGCCCGCCUGUUGCCUCACUCACUCACCAGGUCGGUCGCAGCGAAGUGCAGCGGCAGACCAAGGCUCCUCGAGAACUGGAGACAACAGACAGGAGAAGCUGAAUGAAUCUUGACCCUCGCCACCCGACCUGCCUCGCCCCCCGCUUGGUUGUUCUCACCUUCAUGUCAUCGAUCGAGGGCAGAACAACCUCGCCGGUCUUGCCGCCGUCAACAAUUCUCUCAGUCACCCGCCGCUCCAACAAGUCCAGACAUCGCAAUGCCGUUGCUUGACGAGCCAUGGCCCCACAGCUGCCCAGCGACACACAUGGGAAGGCCGGCAUCGGCUCCACCACACUCUGCGCGCUCAUGUGGGUGACGAUGGACGCCCGGGCUUUGUCGAGGGAGUAGUAGAAGCGCUCCAGCAGCGGAGAGGCAGGGGCGGGAGGGUGUGGCGGCGGGUUGUCGAUGAGGUCGUGUGCGGUGGCUGCCGCGUCCAUGAGGAAGAGGUCGGACACCUGCGGCCACUCCGACAGACGCAGCACCAUCUCGUAGUGGUAGGAUGAGGGCGACGGCAUCGGGGGGCUGGAGCUGCUGCCACUGCCACUCUCGUCGGCGCGGGGCGAGCUCGACCGGAGGGACUCCUCCACAUCCCUCUGCUGAUCAGCAGCUGCACACACGAUACACGAGACAGCACAAACAAACGGACCAUGCAGCUGUGGCUCACGUCAUCCUUGUCUGGUCGGUCUGCUUCGGUAUCCUUACUUGCCCAGUCUGCCGGCAGCUGCGCCAGGGCCAUCUGAAUGGACGACCGGCACCCUGCCCUCUCCCCGUCUAACAGCCUCAGCUGGGCCCUCACGCCCUCCAGGGCCGCCUUGGACACCACCAUCUCAGCACCGGGCUGCUCAUACGUCUCCACCCACCGACUCAGCGCAGUCUUGUCGCCGAGGGCGCAUGCGGCGUCCCGCCAUGCGCGAGCCAGCACCACCUGCACGAGAGUGGCGUUGGCGGGGCUGAGGGCUAUGGGGAGGUCGCUCGAUGCGGCCGAGGCCUCGGGGGCGUCGCCGGUGGGCCGAAUGACCAUGACGCAGGGGCCAGUGGACUUGGCUGACGGGGCGAGGUGCGCACGGAGGCCGUAGAUAAGCUGGCACACCUCCUCCAGCCUGAAUGAGACACAACAGGCACACGCACAGAGGGAUGUACCCAUCCCAUGCGUGUAUCUGUCAGGUGUGCUAUGUCUUGACCGACCGUCCACCCGCGAGGCUGAUGAAUGCGGGUUGCGCUUUGAGGAGCAGUGUGUCGCCCCGGUACACCUUGCUCAGCAGGAUGGCGGCCGGUGUCCGUGCCUGUGCCUGGGGGCUCUGGUCGCCGUCCAGAAACGAGUCGGCCGACGGGGUGGUCCACAGGUGGUGGUGCUGCUGGUGGGACUGCUCCUCGCGCACCAGCUGCUGCAGGACGAUGGAGCACCGAGCCUUGUAGAGGUAGCACAGACCUCUGAUCGUCCCUGGAUCAACGAAGACACGGUGAUGGGACACACACGCACAGGAGACGUGUGUGCCGCCCACGUACCUGAGUUGUUGAGGCUGAGAGCGCUCAGCAGUGCGCUGAGGAUGGUGGCCUCGAGCUCCUCAAGCCGCUUGCUGGCCGCUCCGGCGCCCUCUGCUGGCCGAUGUGCCACGCUGUUAUGCUGACCAGCUGCUGCAGCUGCAGCACUGGCCGGCUCGGCCAACGGACGAUGCCCACCCACAUCCCGACCUGCAUGCCCAAUUGAUAGAUAAUCAGAGCCACCUCGGUCGCUCGCCCGUCCAUUCACUGACUGACCUUCUCCCUGUGACGGCUGGGCUGUGGUCUGCGAGGCAGCGGUGAGGGAGGAAGGACCCUGCAACGUGGGCGCCGUCAGGUCACCUACAAAAGACGACACAACACAAGAUUCGAUCAGGUUUGAUGCAGUGACUGCAUUUGCCCCACUCGUGUGAUUACCGGUUGUGGGUGGAUGUGGCUGUCCUGUAGUGUGUGUGGACGAGAAGCUCAGCGGGACACCCGCUCGCGGCCUCAACGAGCCAGACGGCGGAGACGCCUGUGUGCCGGCCCUUGACGCGCGUGAACCCUGCAGCUGGUCGUCGUCACGGACCUCGGGGGACUUUGGCGGUAUGAGGGGCGGCUGUGCGGGGGCUGACGGUCUGUCACGGAGGGCGGCUAUGACGUCGACAAGCCUGGUCUCGCAGACGGAGAAGUAGCCCGGAGAAGACAGGAACCGACCCAGCUGAUACACACACAUAGAGAGUAGGGAUGAAGCCGUGAAGGUGCGUGUAUCUAUCGUCUCUCUCUCUGGGUGGGUGGCUGACGGACCGUGAGUCUGCUGAAGUACCGCCUGACGCCCUUCUGGAACCAGUCUGUGAAGAUCUUCCGGUUGCUCUCUGCGAAGGUGAUGGAGGGCACGGACAGCAGGGUGCCCUGCACGUGUGACGGGGCGUGCACCGAUACUCCAUCGGACGCCAACACGCACAUCUGCUCCAGCAGGUGGAGGAACAGCACCACGCUGCCGGGAUGCACCAGCCCGACACACCCACCGGAGGAAGAGGUGGAAGAAUCACCGCCGCGACCUGUGGACCGAACACACACAACACAUACACACGAGCCGCUACGAAUCCAUUUCGCCAUGUUGUCUCACUUGUGAAUUGCGCGAGGAUGUCCUGCCAGCAGGACGACUCGAGCGGCAGUGGGAAAGGGGCCUCGACGAGCUUCUUCCACCCAUCAGGUCCGUCGUCGAGGGCCGCCCUGCUUGGCCCCUCCCCGAUGGAUGCAUCGGCUGUGUCGCCCCUCAUGCCCUGCAGCCACAGCCGCGAGGCCGUGCAGCUGUUGGCGGCCGACUCCUUCAUCAGAGUGUGCAUGUACAGCAGGAACUGCGGCAGAUGCGACACAGGGGAGUCGCCCGCCUUGGCACCCGAUUGCGUUCCUGCUGCUGCUGCCGCCGCCGAUGAAGAUGCCGGCGGCCUCCCUCUCUCCUUCGGUGUCCCUCCGCGGCCGUGACGGCCACCCGGUUCCCUCUCGUGUGUGUGUGACUGCUGCUGGCCUUCACCACUACCACCACCACCACCAGCAGCGGCUGUGGCUGCUGUGCCAAUGAAGGGGAGCUCGAACCGUUGCGCCACCAUGGUGUAGGCGAGGACGAGGAGGGUCCACGUGAGCUGGUGUGCGUGUGGCAGUGAUGCGGGUGGUGGGAGGAAGGGGACGGUCUCGUGGACUGACGUUGGCGACCGGGGGCCGUCGGCGCCGGCAGAAGGGGAGAGGGAGGGGCGGUAAGGCGACACGAACGGAUGGCAAAAGGCAAAGGCCUCGGGGUCUAACGGACCCAGCGACCUGACAAUACACAGACAGACAGACAGACCUGACAAUAGACAGACUCGCUCCGUGUGUUGAGCUGGCUGACCUGAUGUUAUUGAGGAUGGUGAGCAUCUCGUGGCUCGACGCUUUGCCCGCCUUGAUGAGCACCAGGAUCAGCGCCGGCAGACACAUGACGCCCUCACCACGGCACCCCACAGCAGCACCACCACCCACUUCGGCCUCCCCGCUCUCGUCACCUCCCCAGCCGCCCGGCAGCAUCCGGGGCAGCGCCAGCGGGUCGGACAGCAUCUCCGUCGACCACAGGGGCACAUACGACGCCCUCACUAGUGCUGCCACGCCAUUCGCAGAGGCAGGGUGCCGGUGCUGGUAGAGGCGGAUGUGGGCGAGGGCCGUCCGUGCGUCGGUGCCACGGACGGAGUCGUCCAGUGGCGAUGGGUUGAGGAGCAGCAUCUCCAGAGAGCACACGGCAGCGAACAGGCCGCCAUGCAGCAGAGAGUUGAAGCGCACGUCUGGGCUGGACACCUGGAGAGCAAGGGAGCCACCCAUCCCAUCGGUACAUGGACAGACACACUCUGCUGCGGCCUGCCCUGCCUGUCGCCCUCUUCUGACCUUAUUGAUGAGACUGCGGAAGGUGGCCACGUAGAGCACGGCGCCCUCAUACAACGCCCUUUGAAUCUCCGCAGAGGAGUCGCUCUUGACAUCCCCACCGAGGACAUCCAUGCCUCUGGCAUUGGGCGCCAUCGCCACGGCGCACCUCAGCCACAUUGCGUCAGGUGCAUCAGAGCCGUCACUUGCCGCCGAUAUGGACGCAGCCAGCCUCUGCAAGAUCUUGUGCUGAAACGGCAAAGGCAAAGAAAGAAGUGAGUCGGUCAGGUAGGGGCAUGGGCGUUGUGUCACCUUGAUGUGGGGGUCCUUGGUGGUCAGCCACAGGACGGCCGGGUGGGUCUCGAUGGCCGCCAGUAUGUCCUCGCGCACGGCCGCCUCGGUGGAGGGGUCAAGCAGCUCCAAGACGGACUCGCCCAGGGCGGACCACACCAUGGCAGUGGCCGGCGAGUCACCGUACAGGGUCACAAGAUCGCAAAGGACAGUGUUGCACGCCUGUGGAAACACAAACCACAAAUACACCAACACCUCUGCAUCUCUCCCUCUCAGUUCACUCACCGUCCAGCCGCUGUGUCUGAUAGCGUCCCCGAGACCCCUCCAGAAUCGCCCGAGGUACCUGGCCAGCCCCACCUGGCUCAUCUCGCUGCCCCCACCACCCUCGGCGUCAGGCACAUCAGUGCUAUUCGGCACCAACACCAGCAAAAACAGCAGCGGCCACGGCGGACGGGCGUCAAGGAUCUCCAGGUAACGCACCAACAGCCUACUCAUGGCACGCAGCGACUUGGAGAGCUCUGGCAGGGCGGCCACCUGAUCCUCUGUUGCUGCUGCUGCUGCUGGGGUCUGGGGUGGCGCUGCGAGUGACUUGACGUGUAGCUGUGCCCUGUCGAUGAGUGGCGGGGGGAUGGCUGGCAGGAGGGAGAGCAAAGCCGCCAGCUGACUGACGAAAUACUGGACUAGGGGGACACGAAGCUGCAGGGAAACAAGCGGCAGUGGAUGAGUUGUCGAUGGAUGUCUGGUGUGUGUGGGAGUGUGUGAGAGACUGACCUGCGGUUCGUCUCGCCCGAUGCAGACUUGAUAUGUCUCUCUCAACGCGUCAGCAAGGCGACCGGGGCCCGGGGAGCUGUCCACACCAAAACAACCGAUCACGUCUUUGUCUGAGGUGCGUGUUGUGUGCACCUGACUGACUCCUUCACUCACUUGAGCAGCUGCAUGAAGUCAGGAUCCGUGACAUAUGUGAGCGCUGUCUGUGCGUCGAGGGACGGCCCCGCAGCCUUGAGCAGCUCCAGAUGCAGCUCCACCAAAGGGACCACCUGAACCACCGCCACACAUGACAAUCGUGCGUGCAGCUGUUCUUCGUGUGGUUGGUCGUCUGCGCGCCUGUCUGACCUUGUUUCGCUGUCCCUCUGGCAGCUGUGCGUGGCAGGCCUGGAGGUAGGCGAUACACUCGCUGUACACACAGCCCACUUCUGGACCCAACAAAGCCACCGUCGCCCUCAGCAACUGGCGGAUAAGCGAAUGACACACAAUAGAGGUUCUCUAGCCCUAUAUGAGUGUGUCGGCACCCCUUCUCUCUGCUGACCUUGUCGGCUGUUUUGAUGAGGUCGACGUGGUGGUCUUUGAUGACGGGCUUCCAGGAGGCCUUCCCUCGACGAUGACCCGGCGGCUCCGCCUGAGACGAAGACGGCGCCUCCUCGGUCUCAUCUACCUGACGAACGACACACAGACACACCACAGUGCAAGCAACGUACACAGACAGGUUGUACUUUCUGUGCUUCGCUCGCUCACUGGUUCAGCGGAUUUGCCGCCGUGUGCCCGCUGGAUGGCGGGGAGGGUGCGCAGGUCUGUGAGAACUCGUCGGUGGUCGUCGAUGAGCUGGUCGAUGGGCGUGGAUGCCUUGAGGGCGGCACUGAAGGCGAGAUGCAGCUCUAAAUGGACCAGCACGAUGCGCACACCCGUCUCACUCGGAGAUCGGGCAACAUCCUGACACACCCACCACAUAGGCAGACAGACAGAGCUCAUCGACAGCCUGCGCUGCCCUGCCCCAACACACAGUUCUCUCUCCCUUCCAAGGCUUCCGACCUGCAUGGCUUUCUGCAUGGCCACGAGUGUCCGCUUCCUCUGCGCCGCGCACCACUGGCGAGUGGUCUCCCCCGUCUCAAAGAACCGCUGCCACCUGCCGAAGUACUCGAAGACCACCUUGGUUGGGUGUGGGAGGUUCUUCUUGGCCAGGUGCAUCGCCCAGCCGCACGCCGUGUCGACGAUCUCGGUGAAGUGGGCCGUGAACUCGUCAGGUGCCGCGGAUGCAAAGGCGUCGAGGAGAGGGAAUAUGGGGUUGCCGCCGGCGUCCUCGCUGAAGUUGAGCAUCGGGUCGGUGUGGCUCAUGAAGUAGUCCCCGUCUGUCAGGUACUGCAUCAGCUGCUCACUGACCUUCUUCCGACACGCCUGCCGCUCCCUCCCCACCUGGCUGGUGUGCCUGGCGAGAUCGGGUGGCGCCUGCUGUGGUGGGCCACGGAUGAGGGGGUCAGCGGCCAGCAGGGUGCGGCCGAUGUCCGACACGACAAUGACGUCGAGGGGCUCCUGCGCGCAGUCCAGUGCGUUGGCCCACCACUGCCAGAACUCAUACGACUUCUGCAGCGUCGUCACGAAGAUCUCGAAGCACUUGAGGCCGUCCUGGUAGCCCGUCUGCAUCUGACGCGACGAGGCUGCCUGCCCCUUGAGCUUGAGCAGCGCCGCCUGCAGACUGUUGAAGAGCUGCGUCGCGAUGUCGUGUUGCUGAUACUGCAGACCCUCCACCAGCUGCUGGGCCGGAGUGGUUGUCAGCAGCCGAUGCAGCCAUCGCACCUUCUCGAAUGUCUGCAGGGGCGUCUGCUGCAGCAGCACAUUCGGAUCGUCGAGCGGCGAGUCCGAUUGCCCGCGAGGUGGACGCUUCUCAUUCCUGCGGCGGGCGGGAUGGCCUCCUCUGCCGUCGGGGGGGCCGCCUCGCCCUCCUGGCGGCGGCUGCUGCAGUGCGUCGGAUGAUUGUGAAGGGCCUCCUCUCCGUGACGGAGCUGAAUCAUAGGUUGGCAGGAUGACGAUUGGCCGGCCUCUGCCAGCCGCUCCGCUGCUGGUUGCCUCAUGGUGGUGAUCGUCAGCUGAUGGUGUGGGCUGCUCCCCGCUGCCAUUCUCCUGCUGCCGGUGAUGCGGUCGGUAGACGCGGUGGCGUCUGCCGCGCUGAGGACGGUCCAUGCCGCCGAUAUGGCCACAGGCGACGGGCCGAUGGCCGCCGGGAGCUCACGAUGAAUUGAAACCAAGCAAGCCGGCAACACGACGCCAAACGUCAAGGAAACUUAAGAUCUUCGGCCAGGACACUUAGGACGUGUUGAG